CACCCGGCGGAGUCGGCUGUUCAGUACCAUAUCACUUACGAUCAUUCCACAGGCAAUCUCAUAGUAAGAUAUAUCUAAAGCGCUGACUGUGCGAGUUACGUAGGUACCUAUUCCGCAUCAGCGUACGAUCAAUACCGGUGGGUUUAAAUUUAAAAGUGCAUAUCCAUAACCGCAAGCUAAACGCAGCCCCAACUAUCUACAUAUCUGAAACUGAAAAUAAAGUUUUUAGAUACAUGGCACGGCAUGGCGACAGCGAACGACACAAUUUUCACUGUUGGCGUUUUCGAGUGGAGAUCUUUUCUUGAAUGAAGACAAAAAGUUCUUUUUCAAGACUUUCUCGUCUCGCAGUAAUUCGGUCGAUAAUGUUACGUGUUUAACAUCGGCCCGAAAAAAGAUAGAUAUUUGGUGCAUUUAAUUAGUGGAUAUAGUGUGGUGCGAAUUCAAUAUUUUAUCUAAGAUACAAAAAAUCUUGCCUAACGAGAUAAAUCGUCCAUGAUUUGUGAUAAUUUCUAACAGUGGAAUUUGAAGAAAUUAAGUUUGAAGAAAGCUGUGAUCCACCGCAGUUGAUAUGGGCCGUUUUGAAGUGAUUUCCUAGAGUGAAAAUUGAAGAAAUCAGUUGUGAAUAAAGAUUUCUUCCGGCACCCUUGAUAAGCUCCAAAAUUGCUUCAACCAAGUUCGAGUGUUGUUUUCAAAUCAAUCAAAAGUUAGUGUUCAGUUCAUGGUUAAAAAAGUUGCAAGUACGAAGUUGAAUUAGCACGUUUGGUUAAAGUGCUUGAUGUGAAUCUGAAGAAAUUAGUGAUCAAUAUCAAAAUCAAGUAUCUAACUACAUAUUUAGGUGUGGAUCUAGUUUACUGGCAAGAAUAGCCACCGAAAUACCUCUAAAGUGACCAAAGUAAUGUCAAUAAGAAUUGAAGUGGGCAUAAUAGUUGUCAUGUGACCCGGCUUAAAGUUCUAUCCGGAAAAGUGGAAUACUAACCAUGGGCCUCAUUGUAUCGCACGAUAGUGAUGCCGACAGUUCAGGAACAUCAGAUAUACGACAAUCUUUACAUAAACAGCAUCAUCGAUCCAAUCAACAUAUUUAUCAACAUCAAAAUUCUGUUAGUAGCACAACUUCCGUUCAGACUGUGCUUAACCAAAGUCUUAUGCAAAAUGGGAAUUCAGCCACUCCUUCUGCACUGCCACCUUUGUCCACAUCGUUUUACCCAGGCGUUUUACAAUCAAAUCCCACCGGAGGAAGUUCUAAUUCCUUGUUGCAACAGGCAGCGACCAAUUCGUCAAAUGUUAGUUCUGCGGAGGAGGCGUUAAAUAUAGCUGACGUUGCAGAUCUGCUGCAUCCCCAACAUGCCAUUAUAACUGGAGGGAAAUCUCCUGCAGGAUGUCCUUUGAUUAUUUUCCCGGAUAAUAAUAAUUUCCAUUUGUUGGAGGAUGCAGAUUACCAGAAGUUGAUUUUGUAUUUAACUUCGGUGCCAUCAAUGCAGGAUGCUGAUCUCGGCUUUCAUGUUAUCAUUGAUCGUAGGAAAGACCGAUGGACGGCAGUUAAAGCAGUAUUACUUAAAAUAUCGGUAUAUUUUCCUGGAAUUAUUCACGUAGUGUAUGUAUUACGGCCAUCAGGAUUCUUCCAAAAAGCCAUAUCAGAAGUAAGCUCAAAAUUUUUUAAGGAAGAAUUUCGUUUUCGUUUAAUCGUUUGUGCAUCGUUGGAUGAUCUUCACGAGCAUAUUGAAAAAAGUCAAUUGACGGGAGAUAUGGGAGGAACUUUGAUAUAUUCGCACCAUGAAUGGAUACAGCAAAGAAUCUCUUUAGAAAAAUUCUCUAGCCUAACGCAUCAAGUAUCAACAGACCUCGAUGCAUUUAUUCAAGUGAUACACGAUACAGAAUUUCCGAAUUCAGUUGAGGCAACGCAAAAGUUGAUAGACGAACAAGGAGCAUACUAUGAGAAAUUAAAGGAAGAGAUUCUUUCUGCAGCCAAACAUGGCGAAGGACUGCUAGAUAAUAUCAAAUCGAAUGACGAAUUGAAAGAGUUUUCUGAACGGACCGGAAACGUUAGCUCAAUGGAGCGUGCAGGGAACUUAAAUCGAAUUCAAUAUGUUCAUCAACAACAUCAUGAUGAUUGUCGCGAUUAUCGUAGACUUCUAGUUCAACUCGAGGAGACGGAGCGUCGUUUCGAUGAAUUCUGGAUUGCUCAUCAAGCUCGUCUGAAGCAAUGUCUGGAACUGAGAAGAUUUGAACAAGAUUUUCGGGAAUUACAGACAAACUUCGAUAGCCAUCUUAAGACGGUAUCGGAAAUGACAGAGAUCGGCGAGACAGUUGUACGGGUGGAUACACUCAUAAAAGAAACCAAAGCCUUCCAAAAGAUUUGUCAAGGUGACAUAGAACGUGCUGAGGAGGUGAUAUCAGCAGGUCAGCAUCUGAUUGGAAUAAGAGGAGCUUAUCCAAAAGAAGUAGUCCAACCUAAAUGCGAUGAAUUGUCAAGAGUUUGUGAUAUUAUAAAUGAGAGGCUAGCGCGGCGCUUAGAAAUACUAUCAAAAAGUCGUGAGCUUAUGGAAAGAGUAGAAAAAGCUAACAAAUGGUGUGCCAAAGGUAUUGAGUUAUUAGCGUCGCAACGAAUUGAGAAGUGUUCAGUAUCUGGCGAAAUUGCUGAACAAAGUCUUCAGGAAAUACAACAGUUUAUCUCAUCAGCUUCGGAGUUCAAAUUAUCUAGCCCGAGGGAAUUUAAAAAUGUGUUCCAAGAAAGUACCACGCCAGAAACUAAGGCUUUAGUGACACAGGUGUUACAACGGAUCGAUGAUGUGUCUCUUAUGUGUGAUAAACGAAUAGCCAGCCUUAAAAAACUAACCCUCAAACCACCGCGACCAGUUCAAACAGUCACACCUGAGCCUGCGGUUCCACUCCAACCUCCUGGAGGCGCACCACAUCUUCUGCGACGUCGUACUCACAGUAAGAAUGACACCACAAUUUGGAUGGAUGUACAUGACACACGGCCGAGAUCUAUGGAUGGAGUCCUCGAUUCCGGUAUAUCGUUGAAUGGCGAUACCGGUUCUAGUCCCGAUAGUGAUAUUUCAGCGCAACAUCUCCAAAAUCAACCGGACACUGAAGCCAGACGUCUUAAAAGGGGCCAUGUUUUGACGGAAUUGUUGGAAACUGAAAGAAUCUACGUUACAGAGAUGGCUUCCAUAUUGAGAGGGUAUCGAGAUCAAAUGGUUUCCGAAGAAAUGGCCUCGCUUGUGCCACCUAGUCUGCAAGGAAAGGAAGACAUUUUGUUUGGAAAUUUACAUGAAUUGUACAAAUUUCACAGUGAAGUGUUUCUAAAAGACUUGGAAAAUUGUAUUUCGACAACGGAGUUGGUCGCAUUGUGUUUUGUACAGAGGCGUGACACAUUUUAUCGGCUAUAUUCAUUCUAUUGCCAAAAUAUCCCGCGCUCGGAACGAUUACGAGAGACCCUUGUCGAUGCCCAUCUUUUCCUGCAAGAAUGCCAAAAACGUCUCGGACAUAAACUUCCACUUGCAGCUUAUCUCCUGAAGCCAGUACAACGAAUCACAAAAUAUCAAUUACUUCUUAAGGAUCUAUUAAGAUUUAGCGAUAGCGGAACAUGCACCAAAGAAUUACAAAAAGCUCUCGAUUGUAUGUUAAUUGUAUUGAAAUGUGUUAACGACUCGAUGCAUCAAAUUGCGAUAACAGGAUUCCCAUCUGAUCUAUCACAGCAGGGUGAAUUGUUAUUACAAGAUUCAUUUCAAGUUUGGACAGAAAGUAAAAAGGAUAUUAGACUAAGGUUGAAGACCCAACAGAGGCAUAUAUUCUUAUAUCAGAAAGUGAUGUUGCUCUGUAAACAAGGAUCAAAAACUGGACAUAAUAAAAGCACGUACCAAUAUAAACACCAUGUGAAUAUGUCCCAAAUUGGUUUAACUGAAUCAGUUCGCGGCGAUCCAAAACGCUUCGAAGUGUGGCUGCAAGGUCGUCAAGAAGUUCACACUAUCCAAGCGCCUAGUAUUGAGAUUAAAAACAAAUGGGUGACCGAAAUAAAGAAGGUCCUACUGAAUCAACUUGAAGAACUCAAGGGUGAAAAUAUAAAACAGUACGGACUCAACCAUAAACCACUUCGGCACACAACUUCUUGGGACACACCUUGCGCUGCAAUAAUGACAACUCAGAGAGCAAUGAGUUGCGAUACAAGUGAUAUUAAUCGCCAUUCAAAUGGAAGCGAUGAUGGUGCGCCAUCCACUCCUGGAAUGGGGUCACUUUCAUCAGAACGAGAUAGCCAGGAUGCUGGUGGCUGGAGCUCCGACUACUCAAAUAGUGAAGAUGAACUAUCGAUCAUUGAAGAUAGCAGUACGCCGGGCAGUAGAUUUAUUGCUUUAGCGGAUUACUGCGCAGUUGGUCAUUCUGAAGUUUCAAUGAAAGAAGGUGAAACCGUUGAACUUCUUAAGAUUGGGUGCGCCGGCUGGUGGUUUGUAAGAGUAUUAGAUACUAAUGUGGAGGGAUGGACACCUGCGGCUUAUUUGGGGCCGGCAAAUCGAAAAUCAUCGCGAAGUUGCAGCCGAAACCAGGACAAAAUAAACUAGCUUGCAUUUAUUUCAAUCUUGAAUAUAAAAGCUUAGAUUGAAACAAAGCGUUAAGCGAACUAUCAUACACACAGAUCUAGCCCCCAAUAAAAUCUCAAACACCACGUACAUAUACACCGUAAAAAAAUAAAGUACUAUCUUAAUUUGUAGAAGAUGCACGGCUCAAAGAUUCUUCCUUCAGAAUGUUAGUAUCAUAUUCAACACGCACCUAUUCUAAAUUUUUGCAAAUUUCAUUAAAGAAACUAUACAACGCAUAAAUCUUUGAUAAUUAAGUAGUGAGCCUUGCUUUCUAAUUGAAAAUUCAACUUUUGCCUGUAACACACACAUAUACACGCCUAUUCUAGUCUUCAAUCGUACUCUUAUCUACCAAAUUCAAAGGAAAUUAGCACGCAAGAUGAAUUGUACAUGUUAUACUAUAUUCAGUGCACGUAUCUUGAAACACGACCAAAUUAACUUCUCAUAAUAUAGAUAAAAGAUGUAUGACGUUAUCAGAGCAUAAUGGAUCGUCCAGAAAUAUGAAUAUCAUGUGGAGCUUUUGCAUUUGAAAGUCACCAGCGCAGAGUUGAAAGUAUGAAAGAUUUGAAAACACAAAGAAUAUUGUAAAGCUGUUGAGUAGUUUUUGUUAAAUAAUUUAGAAGUAGGAAGGAACUAGCUAAGGAAUACUACUUCUAUCAUUAACAGAAAUUGUGUAAAUUUUCUACAUUUAGUCUUUAUCCAUUUGGUUAUGAUUUGAAAACUGUAGAGACGUUUUUUUUUGUAUCUGUUCUCUAAGUUUUCUCCUUAUUUACUGUUUGUUUCUUCUGUAAUUUUUACAACCUGCAGUUAAGUCCUAAGUAGUAACCUUAUUUAUUCAUAUGUUUUCGACGUUGACGAUCAACUGUAGAAAAUAAAUGUUAUAAUUAAGUACUAAUUUAAAAAGAUCCUUAUAUAAUAGUACGAAAAGUUAAUUAUUGUAUUAAGUAUCAAAUAAUAUAAUAAAACGGAAUCAUGCAAUAUUAAAAA